AUGCAAACCAACAAUCUGCCUAUACAUACAAUACAAACAGAAGUUCCAUUCAAUAAUCAACAAAUAAAUUAUCGUCAACCUAAAUCCAGCAGAAAUAUUCGUAUACAAACAAAAUUAACUGCAAAAAGACUUGAUGAUGAAUCGGAAAAUUUUGGAGAGUACAUACGGACUAAAAAUAUUGGCAUACAAACAGCAUCUGCCGAUAUUGUCUUGGAUGACAACGUAGAGAACGGACGUAAAUAUUCAAGAAAUCGAAGAGGCAAUAUCAAGAAUAGUUCAACAGAUGAAAAUCUUAAUCAAGCAGUAACACGUGAUGAAAGACAAAGAGUGAGAUUAGUAGAAGAUUCUGAUAUUGACGGAAAUGGAUCUGAUGAACAAGAAAAACAAAUUACAGAAAAUAUUACGAAAGAUAUCAAUAAAAGUGAUGGAGCAGAACUAAGUCCUAUUGCAGGAUAUUCUGAAGAACCUUUAUUACCACUUGCACAAGCAUGUGCUCCAUUAGCUGAUAUCUUUCAUAAUUUAUCAUUCUAUGUUGACUUAGCAUUAAAGGAAACUCCAGAACAACCACCUGAUGGAUUAUCAAUUGAUGAAAGUGCUGCAAUUCGUCUUUAUACAAUUGAAUGGGAUAGACCUCAUCGAAGUCUCUAUUCAUUACUCAAUUUUAAUCUUAAAAAUAAUGAUCGUGAAGCACUUCGACCUUAUUUCAGAUAUAUCAAAUUGUUCUUAACUGCUCUUAUUAAAUUACCAUGUGUACCAUCAUUAACUGUUUGGCGAGGAGUAACUAAAGAUUUAAGUGCCGAAUUUCCACCUGGUACUGCUUUGACUUGGUGGGCAUUUUCAUCAUGUACGACGGAAAUGACUGUACUUGAAAAUGAUAUGUAUUUAGGUCAAGAAGGUGAUCGAACUCUUUUUUCUGUAGAAGCUAUCAAUGGUCGAACAAUAAAAGCUCAUUCGCAUUUUAUUACUGAAGAUGAAAUUGUUCUUAUGCCAGGUACUCAUAUGAUAGUUCAAUCACAACUUAGUCCGGCAGCUAAUUUAUAUAUUAUUCAUUUGAAACAAAUAGAACCAAAAGUAAUGACACUUGAACCACCAUUUGGAGGUGCACAUAUUUAUCCAAAAAUUAAACGUCCAUUUUAUCAAAAGAAACGAUUUAUGAUUCCAGCGUGUUUAUUGCUUACUCUUUGUAUUGCUGGUGUUAUUAUUGGUGUAAUUUUAGGAACACAACUAAAAUAUGUAUGCGAUGAUCCAUAUAAAUCACCUGAGUCUCUUGCUACUGGAAAAUAUCCAUCAUCAUCUGUACUGGACGACUUUGAUGGUGAUACAUAUCCAGAUGUGGCAAUUGUAAACUCAAACGAAAAUAGUGUGACUUUACUACUAGGUGGUGGUGAUAAGGAGAAAGUUUUUCGAACAACACGACCUACUGUUGGUGAUAUACCAGCUAUUAUGAUAUCAGUUGAUUUGAAUAAUGAUACGGAAAUAGAUCUAGUAGUGACUAACACAGAUGACGAUACAAUUAGUGUUUUACUAGGUUUGGGAAAUGGUCUAUUUCUAAAUGCAGUUCCUUAUGAAGUUGGUGUAAAUCCAUACGGUAUAACAUCUGCAGAUUUUAAUAAUGAUAAGCGACCGGAUUUAGCAGUAACAAAUCAAGAUGACGGUACUGUUACUUUACGUUUUAACAAUGGAAGCGGUUCAUUUCCAACUACUACUAUUGUUUCAGUUGGUCAGGACCCAUAUCUGAUAUUAUCUGGGGAUUUUAAUGAUGAUAAUAACAUGGAUUUGGCAGUAUCGUAUAGUUACAAUACCUACAUUGAUGUGAUAUUUGGCUCUGGAGAUGAAACUUUUAAUGCUCCAAUUCCAUAUAACACUGGUUAUGAUCCAGCUAAUAUGAUUUUAACUGAUUUAAAUAAUGACAAAAAACCGGAUUUGGUAGUGUUCAGCAGUGAAGAUUACACUCUUACCAUACUGCUUAACAAUGGAGCUGGAAAGUUUGAUACGUUCACUGAUUAUCUCAAUGGUUAUUACCGCUUAACGUCUUUGACAGCAGGUGAUUUCAAUAGUGACAAUAAAACAGAUUUAGCAGUAGUGAAUGCUGGUUAUUACAGUAUCACUGUACUUCUUGGGAGCGGUAAUGGAAGUUUUCAAUCGGGCAUUCCAUAUUAUCUUGGUCACUAUGGAUUAGACAUUAUUGCUGCCGACUUCAACAAUGAUAACAAAAUAGAUUUGGCAACAGUAAACAAUGACCAAACAGCUAGUGUGGCAUUUGGGAUUGGAAAUGGUUCUUUUACCAAUAGAAUUGAUUAUGUCAUUGGUGAAUCUUCCAAAUGGCUAAUAUCAUAUGAUUUCAAUAGUGAUGAUAAUCAAGAUCUUGCAUUAGUUGCUCAAGAUAGUAACAAUAUUAUUGUGUUACUUGGCGAUGGAAAUGCUCAUUUUCAAGCUCCACUAAACAAUACAGUUGGUGCCAAUCCCGUUCAUGUCUUAUCAGCUGAUUUUAAUAAUGAUACCAAACAAGAUUUAUUAGUAGUUAAUCAAAAUGACAGCACAAUCGGUGUACUCUUUGGGCAUGGAGAUGGUUUUUUUAAUACUCCAAUCAACUACACAGUUGGCAAAUCACCCUUGUAUGCAUUUUCAGCAGAUUUCAAUUCUGAUAAUAUUUUUGAUAUUGCAGUGGUAAAUUCUGGGGAUUCUACCAUUAGUGUACUUUUUGGAAAAAUAAACGGAACUUUUGAAAUUCAAAAUACAUAUCAACUUAAAGAAUAUCCAACAUGUGUCAUUUCCGCCAAUUUAAAUAAGGAUGGAAAACAAGAUUUAAUAGUGACAAAUGAAAAUAAUAAUACAAUUAGUAUAUUUUUUAAUAAUGGAAGUGGAUAUUUCAUAUAUUCAAAUGAUUAUAAAGUUGGUAGAGAACCGUCUUCUAUAGCAGCUGCUGACUUUAACAAUGACAAAAAUAUUGACUUAGCAGUUACUAACUCUGGUAUGAAUACUGUCAGUGUACUUCUCAACAAUGGCAAUGGUACUUUUGGUAAUGCAAGUAAUUUUAUAGUUAAAAAAAACCCAUAUCGUGUAUCAGCAAAAGAUAUUAAUAAAGAUGGAAAGAUGGAUUUAGUAGUGAUCAAUAGUGGUAGUGAUAGUGUUAGUUUGUUGUUCGGUUUUGGAAAUGGAAGUUUUAAAACUCAGAAAAAGUAUAAUGCACAUGAUAACCCGACUUCAAUAGUAGUCGGUGAUUUCAAUAAGGAUAAUAAACAGGAUAUCGCUGUGACUAACGCGCAAACUAAUGAUUUAUCUAUUUUCCUCAACAUGUGCUAA